AUGGAGCAAGGAGUGUGCUGUCCACGGAAACAGACAAUCUGUGCUCAACCACUACGCGUUGGUGAUUGCACGGAAAAUGUGAAGAGAUAUUGGUACAAUGCAAAAACUCGUCAGUGUCAAAUGUUUGAAUACACGGGAUGUCAAGGAAAUGACAACAACUUUGCGACAAUUCUUGACUGUCAAAACUUUUGCAAAAACGCGAUUCCUGAACCCAAGUGCAUUCAAGGACAAGCUUACAAAGAUGUUUACGGGAAUUUUGUUACCUGUCAAAAUGGCCAGGGAUGUCCACAAAAUCAUGAGUGCUACUUUGAUGGAAAUCAAUGGGGUUGUUGUCCAACAAAAGCCUACACUUGUUCGUUGGCAGCAGAUCCGGGCAUUCAAUGUGGUGCUGGGUCAACAUUCAAAUUCUUCUACAACACACAGACUCAGAACUGUGACAGUUUCCAAUACAAUGGAUGUGAUGGUAAUUCGAAUAAUUUUGCAACUCGUGACAAUUGUGAGCAUUUUUGUUCGGUUGGUGGUUGCCCAAAUGGUGGUACUCCACAUCGUGAUCAUUUCGGUCAAAUCACUGUCUGCUCGACCCAGGAGGCUUGUCCGGACACACACGAAUGUAUGCCGGUUCUCGUCGGCUCAUCCUCUAUUCAAAGAUGUUGCCCAACAAGAGCUCAUAUGUGCUCAUUGCCUCCACAAACUGGCACCCAAUGUGGAGCUCAACCAAUUCAACGUUUUUACUUCAAUAUUGUAACUGGUCAAUGCACUUCUUUUCAAUUUGGCGGUUGUGAUGCGAAUCACAACAAUUUCCUCACAAUGACUCAAUGCCGGAAUUUUUGUAUGAGUAACGCAUGUCCAGCCGGAAAUACAGCGUAUGUCGAUCCAAACACUCAGCUGCCAAUUGAAUGCAAUGAGGCUUUAUCAAAUAGCUGUCCUCCUGGAUUCGAGUGUACAUUCAAUCCACUCACAAAUGGACAUGUUUGUUGUGGAGCCACGGAACAAGGAGUUUGUCCGGAUGGAGAAAAAGCGUUUGUUGAUGUGUUGUCGAUGUCUCCGAGAGAAUGUCUCAUCAAUUUGGAGGCCUCUUGUCCUGCCAAUUAUUUAUGUCGUUUCAACAUACAAAAGAACAAAUACUAUUGCUGCAGUCACAUUAAAGACAGAAUGUGUCCGGCUGGACAUUUCCUUUUCAAAGAUCAACGAUCUAGAGCACCUGUCAAGUGCACAAUCGGGAAAUUUGAUCAAUGUGCUGAUGGGUACUCGUGUCAAAGCUAUCUACCCGAGGCUUUUCAAGGCUUUUGCUGUACAACAAAUUCAAUUUGUCCCGAUGAUGCGGAAUAUUUCGUGGACGAGUCCUCACUUCAACCUCGAGCUUGCACAAUGGGCGCUUUUGUUUCUUGUCCAUCUGGGUACUCAUGCAGAUCCCAUACUUCAUCAACUGAAGGCUUUUGUUGUCGCGGCUCAUCAGUGUUGAUUGCAAGGCCGGUCACUGAUGGAUGUCCACCAGGGAAUUUCGUUUGGAUGGAUGGAGCAGAGGCGGGUCAAUGCGAUCCAUUCAAUCCACCGAAUGCACCAUGUCCUGAAGGCUUCACUUGUCAAUGGUCGACGGCAAAUCAACGCUAUCAAUGCUGUGGAUCGAAUGCACCGAUCGUGCCCCGAGCUGGUUGCCCUGAAGACGGUGUUGCGUUUAUUGGUUUAUCGGGUGAAGCCGAGAAAUGCGUGGUUGGACAAUCGCAGUGCCCGGUCGGUUUUGCUUGUCUAAGAGCAAUGGUCGGACAUCAUACUUGUUGCACAACAAGUCGAAUCGCCAAAACUUGUUCGGAAGAGCAAGUAAUGGUGGAUGGGAAAUGUUUGGAUAGAGCCGAUCCACAGCACAAAUGCGAAUCACCAAUGCAAUGUGCUGGCGGAUCAAUGUGUGUGAACAAUCUAUGCGUUUGUCCGAAAGGUACUGGUCAAGUUGGGCGUUUUUGUCAGAAAGACAUUGAUUGUGGAAAAGGAGAGAUCAUGGCCGGCGGUUUGUGUUUACCAUUAGCGGAUCUCUCCGAGAAAUGCACCGUUCAACAACAAUGUCCCGAUGGUGCAACUUGUGCUCAAGGGAUCUGUGUUUGCAAGCAAGGAAUGGUGCCACGAAAUGACAAAUGUGUGCACAAUCAGGCAAACAAAUUAUCGCAACAUACUUGUGGAAAUCCGUUGUCGAAUGCGUUAACUGAUGACGAAUCGGGAAGAGUCGUUCAGUGUAAACGACUUGGAAACAAUUGUCCGAAAGAUUAUGAAUGUCAAAUCAAUUCAAAACGAACUCAAUACAUUUGCUGUUCGAUUCCUGAUGAUGCUGAUAUGACGACCACAAUCUCUGUGACCACAACGGGAAGGGGACGAAAAUUUAAAAAAACAAGUACUUGUCCAUUUGGAAGAACUCCGUAUUUAUUAAACGGACAACCACAAAAAUGUUUCUCAACAAAAUGCCCACUUGGUUACGAAUGUCUUUACAGUUAUGGUCGUUAUGUGUGUUGUUCAUCUCUUACAGUCACUUCAUUAGCUACUGGAUCACCCACUUCUCCUUCUGAAUCGACUUCGUUAGUAUCUGGUUUCUUCCGAAAGACUCUAUCAAGCUUGACAACUCCCGAAGCAUCGACAUCACUUUUAUCGACACUUCCCACUUUCCCCACUAGCUCUUCUACUUCAACUUCGUUGAGAUCUGUAUCGAAUGAGUGUGCAAGAGGUGAUCCCCUUCUUUACCCAUCAACUCAAUCCCCCGUUCUCUGUUCGACUAGAGCUGGAAGAUCAUGUCCUACUGGGUAUUCCUGUGUCCGAUCAUUGAUUGAUGGAGCCAACAUUUGUUGUUCAACAAAGAUGCACGAUAUUAGAAGGAAACGACCUUGUGAGGGUUUCGCUGUGCUCGUAACUCGAAUUCAAAACGGAAAAUAUGUGAAACGAUGUGAAAGAAGUUGUCCAUACCCGGAAGUGCCAAUCGGUGGUGUUUGCUAUGAGAUGCGUGGAAUG